CUACCACUUGCCUGCUAGUGCCAUUUCGAAUCACAAAUUCGCGUUUUGGUUGUAUACAAAACUGAAGAAUGCCGGUUCCUCCACAAGUCAAAAAAAUGCUCGAUGAUGUCGAUAAGCAGCUCCACGCGCAGAGUCCCAUCAACAACGUCCUUGCGACUAUUGAACAAAAGUCUGGAGUAAAAAGACUCCACAUAGUCCUUGGUGUUGCUGCAUUGCAAGGUUUAUAUCUGAUCUUCGGACAUUUUGCUGAACUCGUCUGUAACUUUAUGGGCCUCAUUUAUCCUGCAUACGUGAGCAUAAAGGCAAUUGAAACCGCAACCAAAGAGGAUGACACGCAGUGGCUUACGUACUGGGUGGUAUUUGCGACUCUUUCUGUUGUCGAGUUUUUCUCGCAUCAAAUUCUAUCGGUAUUCCCCGUUUACUGGUUAGUCAAGUCACUCUUCCUUCUCUGGCUUUACUUGCCAUCGACUCUUGGAGCUAAAACAGUCUACCACAGAUUUAUUCAGCCAGUUUUCUUGAAACAUGGUGCGGAGCUCGAAAAGAAUGUCGGGGACAUUGCGGGCAAGGCAAAAGAUGCUUUGCGAAAUGCAGCCAAGGAAAUCGACCAUUUGGAAUAAUUCUGAUAUCCAUGAAGUCUUCCGCUAGUUAAAAUUCCCCUUUGAGACCUCAUCUCAUCAGACUUUCCAUUUUUUGGAUCCUAUUUUCUUUACCUUUAUGCCUCGUUAGCUGUACUGGUCUUGCUUUUUCGUAAUCUUUGAAUAUUCAACCUGUUUACUCUGUAGAGGAUUGUAGAGUCUUAUUCUUCUGCAUAAAUCAUGAAUUUGUCGCUGUAUGGAAUGUUUUUUUGUUCUAUUUCUUACAAAU